AUUGACGCAAAGUCAAUUUUAAUUUCACCCAAAAGAACAAUAAAAGUCAAAUUCAAUUCACUUUCCUUUCCAUUUUCUUUCUCCACAAACCUCACAUCUCUCUAUUGCCGGAACCUAUUGAACCGGCAACGGUCCACCUAACAAAAAAAAAAAAACCGUCUCAAAAACCGGUUACCGGAGAAGAGAGGGCCCAAACCGGAUCAGCCCUCUCAAAUCUCCGAUCAAAAAAAAAAAAAAAACCCUAAAUUCAUAUGCAAAAUUGCUAUUCAUUUUAUCAUAUGGUUCAUAUAUUCCCAAUUUUUGAUGCGCCGAUCCAAUGCCCGUAAAUUAAAUAAUAAUAAUCCUAUUACUACUACUUCUAAUACAAUGGAUUCGGCCAAAUUUCAAUAUCGACCCAACAGAUCUUCAAAUCGAAGCCCUAAUCGAAACAAUUCUAAAUCGAACAGAAACAUCAUAUGUUACACUUCUAUAGUGUUUGUUAUCGCUUUCAUAUGUUACGUUUUCGUGUUUUCGAGUAAAAUUAGGUUUUCUGUGGUUAAGAAAUAUGGGAUUGUGAUUGAUGGAGGAAGUACAGGUACGAGGAUUCAUGUGUUUGAGUACGAGGUAAGGGAUGGUGGUGUACCUGUGUUUGAUUUUGGGGAUAAAGGUUUGGUUUCAAUGAGGGUGAAUCCCGGGUUAUCCAGUUAUGAAUUGGACCCGGAAAUGGCUAGUGAAUCGGUGAUCAAGUUGGUUGAAUUUGGGAAGAAAAAGGUACCUAAGGAAUAUUGGAGUGAAACUGAGAUUAGGUUAAUGGCUACUGCUGGAAUGAGGUUGUUGGAUUUGGAUGUUCAGGAGAAGAUUCUAGAAGUUUGUCGAGGGGUACUUAGGGAUUCGGGUUUUAAGUUUAAGGAUGAUUGGGCUUCUGUUAUUUCAGGAUCUGAUGAGGGUUUAUAUGCCUGGGUUAUUGCUAAUUAUGCCCUUGGAACUCUUGGUAGUGAUCCUUUGCAAACAACUGGAAUAAUUGAACUUGGUGGUGCAUCUGCCCAGGUGACUUUUGUUUCUAAUGAGCCUAUGCCCCAAGAAUAUUCUCGUACGAUUAAAUUCAGAAACUUUACCUACAAGAUCUACAGUCACAGCUUGCUUCAAUUUGGUCAGAACGUAGCAUUUGACUUACUCUUGGAGUCCCUUGUUGCGAGGGGCCAAGAUCAAGCUGCUCAAAGUGUUAAGCUGAUGGAUCCUUGUUCUCCUAGAGGAUAUACACACAAUAUAAGGUCAUUGAAGCUCUCCCCCAGUAGUUUUGCGGAUAAGAAUGCAGGACUGUAUCCCAGCGGUAACUUCUCAGAGUGCAGGUCUGCCUCACUAUCACUGUUGCAGAAAGGCAGAGAGAGUUGCCCUUAUAAAAGCUGCUACAUUGGGUCAACUUUUAUGCCAAAGCUCCAGGGAAAUUUUUUGGCUACGGAAAAUUUUUUCCACACUUCCAAGUUUUUUGGUUUGCCACAAAAAGCUUUUCUUUCUGAUCUUAUGGCUGCUGGAAAAAGUUUUUGCGAAGAGGACUGGUCAAGGUUGAAAAGCAAGUACCACUCCCUUCAAGAGGAGGAUUUGCAUCGUUAUUGCUUCUCUUCAGCGUAUAUAUUGGCAUUACUUCAUGAUAGUCUUGGAAUUGCUUUGGAUGAUGAUAGGAUUGGAUAUGCUAAUCAAGUUGAAAAUAUUCCACUUGAUUGGGCAUUGGGAGCAUUCAUCUUGCAGAGCACGGCUGAGCUGGACAAAGAGCAUUCUGGGUGGUUUGCAAAUAUGUUCAGUGAGGACUCUCUUAUUUUGCUUCUCUUCUUUGCCUUUUUCAUUUUGGUGAUGUUCACAGCAUGGUAUGUGUCAAAGUGGAGAAAGCCACAAUUGAAGACUAUAUAUGAUCUAGAGAAAGGAAAGUACAUAGUCACACGUAUUGGUAGAUGUUCAUAGAUUGUUUUAUAGGAGCAGAAGCCAUUUUCCUGCAUCUGUGGAUAAGGCACAAGGAUCAAAGUGGAUCAGCUGCCUCUGCCAAGAAUCUCUGUGCACUUUGUUGCUUGGUACCCCGAGCAAGUGAUGCUAUACUUCGGCGUAAGUGAGAUCGAUCUUAUGGGACGGUUGAAAUGAGGUUGACACCCAAUUCAAGAAGGCGUCUCUAUUUAUUGUUAUGAAAAGCUUUACCAGAAAAGCUUCCGGUGAGAAUGUUAGUCGGUAUGAUGAAGCAGAUACUAGAAUGUAGAAGAUCUGGUCUCUUUUGGUUACUAGGAUAUUGUACCAUUUACACAAUAGUCAUUACACGAUUCGUUUACAAAGUAGUUCUCUUGAAUUGCUUGUAUUCCCUGGAGGGUGGUGUAGAACUAAAGAUUUAUGUUGGGUGGUAAAUAAUUUAAAUCUGUUCAAUUUAACAAGCAUUGUGUGGGCAA